AUGUCGUUUGAUGAAGGUAGAAAUAACUCACUAGAUCAAGUUGUGUCUCAAGAUAACACAAAAGACAAAGAUAAUCAUAAUGAUCUACUACCACAACCAUCUGGACAAGUCUCCACAUCAUCUCCACAAAAGGACAACACCCCGCCAUCACCAACACCAUCGAAUGAUGAUCCAGAUCCGUUGGAAUUGAAGAAACUAUCGCUAAAUUACGACUACCUAAUGUACAAAAUUAAGGACUAUAUAAAUACACUAACGGAGCAAACGUACCAAUCAAUACUAUCUAAACAGUACCAGAUCAACCAGGAAUACUUACACGAUCAAUUGAAUUUAUUUGAUAAUUAUGAGACUAUCGAUGAAAUGUUGAAAACUAUAAGUCAAUUGGAAAUGGAAUUUUUAAAGUUGGAUCAAUUGGAAGUAUUCAUUGAAGAUUUCAAACAGAGAUUAAAUGUUUUGGAACAUGAAUUUGACAAACUAUAA